GCCGGCGGGCGUGUUCUGCGAGCAGGAAGCUGGUGAAGGUCCAGGACCUGCGUUUGUGCGGGAAGCGCGCGCCGACAGAUGGUGCGAGGACGAACGGAGCCGCGGGUAUCCAGCUGACGGUCAGCGGGGCCGCGGGGGGGCGAGCGGUGCCGGACGCGAGCGGCGGUGACUGGCGGCGUCCCGUCGGCGAUUGGCACGCAGACACUGGCGCAUUGUUCGGAUGAUCUGCCGAAGACGUGUGAGUUUCUCCAGCUUCUCCAGGAUGUUUGGAAAGAAGAAGAAGCGGCUGGAGAUUUCGGCCCCGUCUAACUUCGAGCACCGCGUCCACACCGGCUUCGACCCGCACGAGCAGAAGUUCACCGGUCUGCCGCAGCAAUGGCAGAGUCUGCUGGCCGACACCGCCAACCGGCCCAAACCCAUGGUGGACCCGUCCUACAUCACGCCCAUCCAGCUCGCGCCCAUGAAGAUAUCUCCCAAGAAAGUCCGGUUGGCUGAAUCUCCGUUGCGAAAAACCAUCGUCCGAGGCAGCCGGCCGCCAAAGGACGCCUCCAUCAACGGCCUGUUGGAGGAGUUCGACAGCAUCUCCGUCACCCGCUCCAACUCUCUGAGGAAAGAGAGUCCGCCCGGAGCCCAUCAGGCCGGCGGGAGCAAACCGGCGUCCGCGUCCACGUCCAACGCCGGCGGACCGGAGGAGAACGGCUUCGGACACUACUACGGCCGCUACUCGUGCGACCUGGACAGCAGUAAAGACUUCUCGCUAGAGCCGUACCGCGAGCGAGGCGUCCACGACGGCGAGUGGGCGGUCGGACGGCACUACCGCUUCUCUCUCAAACAGAACGGCCAUCCCAUCCGCAGCCCCUUCUAUCCCGACGCCAUGCCGCAGAAGUCCUCGGACUACGCCAAGAUGCCGCCGGACUACCACGCCUACCUGGAGAGCAAGAUGCGGCUGUCCGCCGACGAGAUGCCCGUGGGCGGCCGCAGGGACUACUACCGCGCCUCUCUGGGCGGAUCCAGUCAGGACUACCGGGAGCAGCCGCUGGGAACGCCGUCGCGCGUCUCCGUCCACAGCGAGCAGAUGAGCUAUCCCGACGGAGACUGGGGAUACGGAGCGGGACUGAGGGACGACUACGACAAGAGGCCCAAGUCCUCGUACAUCAGUCAGACGAGCCCCCAGCCGGCCAUCCGGCAGCGCUCGCGGUCGGGGUCGGGCCUGCAGGAGCCCAGCCUGCCGUACGGCAUCGGAGCGUUUAAGGCUGCGCCGCAGGGCCCGUACAGCUCGUACACGUACCCCAGACUGUCGGAAAACACGUCUUCGCUCAUCAUGGGCAAGGGCGAGUACGAGCGCGUGGCCCGUGACGGGAGCCCGCAGGUGCCGGGGGCCGAGACGUACCCGCGCGUUCCCUUCAAACUACCUCAGAGUCACGGCAAACCCGCGUACCCGGCCAGUUUCCAGUACCCGCCGCCCUUCCACUACAAGCCGUCGCCGUACCACCACCCGCCGUCCCAGCCCAGCCCUCCCUACACCCCGCAGGGCGCGCACUCGCAGCCCUCCUCGCCCUACAUCCCGCCCGGAGCCUAUCCGCCGCCCAGCUGGGGCUCGUCCUCCGAGCAGCCGCCCUCCAGGGUUUCCCACGAGCAGUUCCGCGCGGCGCUGCAGCUGGUGGUGAACCCCGGCGACCCGCGCGAGUACCUGGACAACUUCCUGAAGAUCGGGGAGGGAUCCACGGGCAUCGUCUGCAUCGCCACCGAGAAGCACAGCGGCAAACAGGUGGCCGUUAAAAAGAUGGACCUGAGAAAACAGCAGCGGCGGGAACUUCUGUUCAACGAGGUGGUGAUCAUGAGAGACUACCAUCACGAGAACGUGGUCGACAUGUAUAACAGUUAUCUGGUGGGUGAUGAGCUCUGGGUCGUGAUGGAGUUCCUGGAGGGCGGAGCCUUGACUGACAUCGUCACUCACACCAGGAUGAACGAGGAGCAGAUCGCCACCGUCUGUUUGUCGGUGUUGAAGGCGCUGUCGUACCUCCACACGCAGGGCGUCAUACACCGAGACAUCAAGAGCGACUCCAUCCUGCUCACCAGCGACGGACGGAUCAAACUCUCGGAUUUUGGCUUCUGCGCUCAAGUGUCUAAAGAGGUUCCCAAGAGGAAGUCUCUGGUGGGAACGCCGUACUGGAUGGCGCCGGAGGUCAUCUCCAGACUGCCCUACGGCACUGAGGUGGACAUCUGGUCUCUGGGCAUCAUGGUGAUCGAGAUGGUGGACGGAGAGCCGCCGUACUUCAACGAGCCGCCGCUGCAGGCCAUGAGACGGAUACGAGACAACCUGCCCCCGCGACUCAAGGAGUCUCACAAGGUGUCGUCGGUCCUGCGGGCGUUUCUGGACCUGAUGCUGGUGCGAGAGCCGUCUCAGCGCGCGUCGGCGCAGGAGCUGCUGCAGCACCCGUUCCUGAAGCUGUCGGGCCCGCCGUCCUGCAUCGUUCCUCUGAUGCGCCACUACCGACACCGCUGAGAGCCGCGGCGCCGUCAGAGCAGCCUCACGCUAACGCUUUCAUUCGCGGCCGCCCGCGGCCUCCUGACGCCGACGGCUCCGGUCCCGCGCGGAUCGGACGGACGCCAGACCGACGUCUUUUUCACUCUCGUCUUCUCACGCUAACUACGAAGAUGUAUUUUAGAGCAAUUGUAAGUUUUACUUGUACAGUUUUGAUAAACGGCAGUAUUUUUGUUGUGACGUUACCAUGGUGAAACGGGCAGUAUUACCUAGAACCUGAGAGUUUCUGCGAAAUAACAAUAACGACAAUAAUAAUAAACUUUCCUACUGUUUAUAUUUGAUUUUUUUGGAGAUGGCUGUUGCAGACAGAUGAAUCUGAAUAUAUUUAUUUAUUCUCCGUUUGUAGGUCGCGUCAGAGUUUUCUACGCUCGGUUUCGUUCCGGUUUUCAGUAGUGUGGCCUUUUCACGCUCGUUGUCGCGCUCGACUCGUCCGAUCUCUAGCAAUAUGACGGUGUUCGGCACAAUCCUCACGCGUGUUUUCUCGUGACGUCUCACCCGUGUCUCAUGGCUCACUGUGAUCUGGAAAAAUACGUGUUUCUGUAGGAAUAUUCAGAUCCGCUGUCACGUCGCUUUUGUACGGUGAUCCUGCAUGUGUGUCACUAACAGCUGCUUUCAAUAAAAAACACAAACGCGUCA